AUGGCUUCUAGAAUACUUCCCUCAUUGCUACGUACCUCCGCACGCUCACUGCGGCGGAACCCUGUCCCCGCAUUAGCUCCGGCUUUUGUCCGCAAUAUAUCCACGAAGCACCCAGCAGGUUUCACGCCACCAACGGAGGAGGACUUACUUGAAUUACGAGAAAGAGUUCAAGAAUUUACCCGACGAGAGAUUCCAGCCGAGGUUGCAGCACGGACAGAUGAGCAAAAUAACUUCCCCGCUGAGAUGUGGAAGAAGCUCGGUGAUGCUGGCUUCCUUGGAGUCACCGCAGACGAGGCCUACGGUGGCUCAGGAUUGGGCUACCAGGCGCACUGCGUGGUAAUGGAGGAGAUCAGCCGAGCAUCAGGAAGCAUUGGUCUAUCUUACGCAGCUCACUCGCAACUCUGCGUCAAUCAACUCUCCCUGAAUGGCUCCGCAGCGCAGAAAGAAAAGUACUUGCCAGGUUUACUAUCAGGAGAGAAGGUUGGCGCAUUGGCCAUGUCAGAGCACUCGGCAGGCUCUGAUGUCGUUAGCAUGAAGACCACCGCUAAGGAGGUCGACGGCGGCUGGGUGCUGAAUGGAACAAAGAUGUGGAUCACGAACGGCCCAGAUGCAGACUACAUCGUGGUUUAUGCCAAGACUGAGCCAGAAAAGGCCUCCAAGGGCAUCACUGCAUUCCUAGACAAACUGGGGAUGCGUGGUUCAAAUACUGGUGAACUUGUCUUUGACAACGUCUUCGUUCCUCGCGAGAAUCUCCUUGGCGAAGUCAACCGAGGAGUCAAAGUAUUGAUGGAAGGCCUUGAUUUAGAGAGGCUCGUUUUGAGCGCCGGUCCGCUUGGUAUCAUGCAAUCUGCCCUUGACUUGGUCCUGCCGUACACGCACACCCGGAAGCAAUUUGGGACUCCUAUUGCUCACAAUCAAUUGAUCCAGGGCAAGCUGGCCGACAUGUACACUAAGCUUGCAGCCUCGCGAGCAUACACAUACGCCACAGCGCGAGAGGUAGACAAUGGGGCCGUGGCUCCUGGUCAGUUGGUGAUCCGAACUCAAGACUGCGCUGGCGCCAUCCUCUAUGCCGCUGAAAGAGCGACAGAGUGUGCCUUGGAUGCGAUCCAGCUGAUGGGUGGAAACGGUUAUAUCAAUGAGAUUGCCGCGGGACGAUUGCUUCGGGAUGCAAAGCUGUAUGAGAUUGGGGCGGGUACCAGCGAAAUCAGGCGGAUGGUCAUCGGUCGUGCGUUCAAUAAGGAGUACUCCUAG